CUCUGUGGCCCGGCCCGCUCCCAUCCCCCCGGGCUGGUCUUCUUGAGCUGACUCAUCCUCACCGCAUCGCCUCGGCCACCCUUCCAAGCUGCCCGUCAUGUCUUCGGGCCAAAUCCCUACGAGCUCGCCCAAGCGUGCCUCUUCCGCCUCGCUCCGGACCAUCGGCACUGCAAGCUCCUUCACCAGCCGCUUCCAGAGCGAUAUUUUCCUCGUCCAGUCUCCCACGCCCUCCCAGGGCUCGCUCGAGUCGGACGAGCUCGGUUCGUCUACCUCGCCUCGUGCAGGCGCCUUCUGGAGACGCAGCAUCGCCUCCACCAUCAUCCCGGAAUUGUACAUGUACGAAGAAGGCGGUGAGGUCGACAUUGACGAGCCCAUCAUCGAGGUCGACGAGCCCGAGUCGCCCUAUGUCUCCGAGUCCACCGACCCACCCUCGGCCCUGAGCCCGGCCUCUGUCACCCACCCUCAGCCUCCGGCCCCCGCCAGUCGUCUCGAUCCAGGCCACCCGCAUCCAGCCCACCGCAUCAUCGCCGACUUCCAGUCCAUGCGCUCCUCGCCACCAGUCUCGCCCUCGGUCGAGCAAGCCCCGGUGCGGCUUGGCCAUCCGGUGCGGGACGUUGGUCCGUCGGGCUUGCAUACUCUCACCGUCCCAUCCGGCCCGGAGCUCGAGGACGAGUUCUCGGUCAUGGAGGCUUACGGCUACGUCUCAAGCCCUCUGCCACCAUCGACACUCUCGCCCAACAGUCCUCUUGGCUCUGCCCACGAUCUUCAGCCACCAGCGACUGCUGCCCCGCCCACCAAGACGCUCAAGUCCCAUUCGGCCCCGCCUCCCUCCCAGACGAGCUCUGUCGUGCCCUCACAUCCUCCCGUUCCGCACUCAGCUUCCGCCGACAUUCCUGCAGCACCUCAUAGUUCUCCAAGCAUCAAGCCCUUUGUCGUCUCCUCGUCUCCCUCGCGCCAUUCCUUCACGUACAUGGCCGCCACCUCGUCUGGUCCCAUGUACGGCUCGGUGGACGACUCCCGCAGUUCCAGCGCUCCAAGCAGCCGUGUGACGACCCUGCGGAUUGCACCCCAUUCGACCUUUGCUCCCUCAAAGUCGUCCAUUCUCUCCAAGCUUGGCGAUCAGGACGACGAGGCAGCCCGCUCAGCCGCGCGGGAUCCUCAUGGCAUGGGCUCGCUCAAAUCUCCAAAGGACCCAAGCCGCUCGCCAUUUGCGCGUCCUCUGGCCUAUGGUACCGGUGCGCCCGCUGGCUCCACCGGCCCGGCCAGCAGCGGCCAUCGCCGGGACGAUUCCUUUGGCCACCCUGUUCUGACCGAACCCACCAUCAACUCCAUCAUUGACUCGACCCGCAAUUCCUCGCCCGCUCCCAGUGAGGCGACCAUGAUUUCGUUCAGCAAGCACCGCGGACCCCCAUUUCACGCUGGCGAGAUCAACUACUCGCUCGUCAAUGACAACGAUCCCUACGGCGAAAACGACGACGACGACGAUAUGGACCGUGAGGACGAGGAUGACGACGAGGACGGACCUGCCAGCGGCCGAAGCACCCAGGGCCCCAAUUCGCGACUCACCGGCGGCCCCGUGUCCGAGUAUGUCUUCUCCUGGAAUGAGUCGACGGUCAAGCGCAAUGUCCUCUACAGCCUGUCGUGUCCCUUGGUGGUGCUGUCAUGGGUUGUCAUCCCCGUGCCCCAAGCCCUUGUCUUUGACUCGACGCUCAAAUCUCCAGCCUUUCUGUUCUUCUACAUCUUUGGCGCCUUCAACUUCGUCCUCCUCACCUAUCUGCAGUCCGUCUAUCAAAUCUACCAGCUGGAUUGGCGGCGAAAGUACUUGUAUCUACCCAGGCUCGGCCAGAGCGGCAUCGUGUGGUUCCUGCCCCUGCUAGGCGUUUAUAUCCUUCAUCUUACCACGCAUCUGGAUGAUGGAGUCUGCGGGGCCAUGGCGGUCUUUGGCACAGUGAUGGGUCCGUGUCUCGGUGGAUGGCUCAAGACUCGAUAUAGGAAGGCGCCCCAGAGCAGCGGACUGCUCUCGCACCAGAACAGCGUCCAAUCCAGCACAAGCGAUCUGGCUGGCUCACACAGCUCGGAGUUCCAUGUCAAUCGCUUCCACUCGCCUACCCCUGGAUAUGACAACCGAAAGCUGAUCCUGGCUCGCCGAUACCAAUGGUUCCUGGCUUUGAUUCUUCUGUCGGUGAUUGGAUCAAUUGUGACCAAGCUCACUAUCGACCAGUUUAUCCACGGAGCAGAUGGCAAAGAGCACGGCAUCGUCAUCGUAUCGGUGUAUACCACCGGCAUGCUGAUUUUCGUGUCACUACUGGACUAUCUUGCAACCUGGAUAUCCGACGAUCAGAUCAAAUGCUGGCCCCUGAAUUUCGUGUCGCGCAUGUUCUUUUACAUGCUCUAUUUUGUAUUCUAUCGGACAAUCUUGCUCUUCUUGACCAUAGAAGAGAUUGCCGUUGUCCAGCUCACGUCCGUCGUCUGGAUCGUAUUUGUUUAUCCGAUACUGAUGACCUCCCAAGCACACGCUUUUCUGAUCGAAUAUGUCGGACUGAAUCGGUCCUAUCACGAUCACAUCCGCCACGUCACGCGGUCAUUCUUCCUGCGAACGAUCGCCGAGUCGACCACGGUCAUCUUUUCCCUUCUCUUCAGCUUGACCCUGUACAUCUUUCCCAGCAAGGUGUAUCCCAUCUACAACUUUGGUCCGGACGACCACGGCAGACAGACACAGCAGCAUCCGUACAGCUUCCCAGUGACCUUUGCCAUCAUCUUUGCCGUCAACCUGAUCGAGCUCCUGGUGGCCAAUACGGCUCGCCAGACUUUCCAGAAGAGCUUCCGACUGCUGGUUGCGCGCGAAACUGUCAGCGAAUUUGCAAAGUAUCCGGGCCUGUUCACGAUCUGCUGGAUCACGGUGGUCGUGGGCCUGAUGGGCAUGGUCAUCUGCGCCCUGGACUACCAGAGUUUUGCUUAGAAUUAUCUGUACAUUGCAUUUGGUUCCCUAUCCCCUUCCGGUCCUUGAUCCUUUCUUGGUAUUGUGUCGUUUCCAUCUUCAUCGGGACUCAACUCCCCUCUUCCCCCCCCCACUUCGACAUAUGCUUGCCCUUGGACGUCGCUGCUACUGGCCCUAUCAGUACAUAUCUCAUGGGCACGGCCGCCUC